CGAUCCGUCACCGAUCUAGCGGCGCUUCUUCCUCCACACCACCACCACCAUCUCCGUAUUCCUGCUGGCUGCCGCUAUGCAGAAGGACAACGCAUCCGAUUUGGAGAAGACGUCCACUCAGGUGGGCGUCGGACCCCACGAAGACACGGCCGAUGGGGGCGUCACGAAGCUUGGGGAGGUCGAGUUCAAGCACGACCUGCACCGUGGGUUGAAAGCGCGUCAUAUCACUAUGAUUGCUAUCGGAGGAGCUAUUGGGACUGGUCUGAUCAUUGGAACGGGCUCUGCGCUGGCGCGCGCGGGGCCAGCAGCUGUCCUCAUCUCGUACUCUGUUGUCGGCUUCCUCGUCUACCUGGUCAUGUGCGCGCUUGGUGAGAUGGCCGCAUGGCUUCCCCUCGGUUCAGGCUUCACGGGCUACGCGAACCGUUUCUGCGACCCCGCGCUGGGUUUCGCCCUCGGAUGGACAUACUGGUUCAAAUACAUCAUUGUCACGCCCAACCAGAUGACAGCCGGCGCGCUCGUCAUCAGCUACUGGAUAGACCGCGACAGGGUCAAUCCCGGCGUGUGGAUCACGAUAUUCUAUGUCACCAUCAUCUUCAUCAACUACUUUGGCGUCAGGCUCUUUGGAGAAUUCGAGUUCUGGCUAUCGUCAUUCAAGGUUAUCACGAUUGUGGGGAUCAUGAUCAUGAGCCUGGUCUUCGCGUUGGGUGGUGGCCCGUCUCACGACCGUAAGGGUUUCCGCUACUGGAAGGACCCUGGCGCAUUCGCCGAGUACAUCGACGAUGGAGAUACUGGCCGCUUCCUUGCUCUCUGGUCGACAUUCGUGACGGCUACCUUCGCGUACCUAGGUACUGAACUUGUCGGCGUCACCGUCGGCGAGGCACAGAACCCCAGAAGAACGAUCCCCCGCGCCAUCCGCCUCACCUUCUUCCGCAUCGUCUUCUUCUACAUCCUCUGCGUCUUCCUCCUCGGCAUGAUCGUCCCCUACAACUCCGAGCGCCUCACCUUUGCCACGAAGCAGGCCGCCGGCGCGUCCGCCUCCCCCUUCGUCGUCGCCGUCCUCGAGGAGGGCGUCAAGGGCCUUGAUCACGUUAUCAACGCAUGCAUCCUGCUCUUCGUGUUCUCUGCGUCCAACUCGGAUCUGUACAUCGCUUCGCGUACGAUCUACGGCCUUGCGUGUGAGGGCAAGGCCCCUGCGUUCCUGGCGAAGACGGACAAGCGCGGGGUGCCCAUCUACGCGCUGGGCUUGUCGAGCCUGUUUGGGUUGCUCGCGUACAUGAACGUCGCGGAGGAUUCGACGACGGUGUUCGGCUACUUUGUGAACUUGGUGACCAUCUUUGGGAUCUUGACGUGGAUCAGUAUCCUGGUGACGCACAUCUACUUUGUCAAAGCGCGCAAGGCCCAGGGCGUCACGGACGAGAUGAUGCCGUUUGUCGCGCCCCUUGGCCGCGGAGGCUCGAUCGGCGCGCUCACCGGCUGCUGCAUCAUCGCCGUCUUCAAGAACUUCAACGUCUUCACGCCCGGCAGCUACGGCACCUGGGACUACAAAAACUUCAUCACGGGCUAUCUUGGUAUCCCAGUAUAUCUCAUCCUGAUUUUUGGCUUCAAGCUCUGGUACCACCACAUGUACCACGUCACCAGCAGCAUCAAGCCGCAGGAUGCGGAUAUCUUCUCGGGCAAGGCCGCGAUCGACCAAGAAGAAGAGAGGUUCCUCGCAAGACAGGCCGCGAAGCCGAAGCCGAAGGGCAUGAAGAGGAUCUACAAGAAGUACAUCGCGUGGUUGUUCUGAGAGCGCCGCUGUCAGAGCGGGUGCGUGUACCUCCGUCUGGGCGCAUGCGAGUUGUAUGCAUGCCCUUUCGCGCCACGGCUCUGAGAGUUGAGCCUGCCCGGGACGCCGACGGGACGGGCGCAUGCGAUUUGCUUACGAUACGAUAUCCCUGUUGUAUGUUCUUGUAGGUGGUGGUCACCAUUAGUAGUAAAUUAUAGUAUACGAACUAACGAUUGAAUGUAUAGAAAGCUUGUCUUGUCCAUACUUGCAA